UUAAAGGACUGUAGCUGGAAAAAGUAACUCUUCUGAAGUCUUCAGGUUACAAGUUACUGUCCCUUUGUGUUUUUCUUUUCAAAUUAAUCCAUCUUUGAAAGCUGAAUUGCUCAUGCAUUCCACAAUUUAAACACUUUUUUCAUUUGAAGCUUAAACAUUUUUUUGGCAUAUAGAAGUUCAUUUUCCACAGGCCUGCCUGAGGAGGAGAGGUUACAGAGGCAGGAGGACUGGCCUGAUUGACAAAGUCUGAGGCUACAGUUUGCUUUUUUUGCUAACAGGGUCACACAUUUAGCACCGGCAUGUCGUCUCUCUCUGUUCCACCACCACAAUGUCUUCUACAGCCUUUCACAGUCCCACAUCGCUACCUGUUUGGACCAGGACCUUCAAAUGUACCUCCACGAAUCUCAACGGCUGGGGCACAACACAUGUUAGGCCACCUGCAUGCAGAGACGAUUGAGAUUAUGGAUCACAUCAAGAGUGGGAUCCAGUAUGCAUUUCAAACGCAGAACCGUAUGACGCUGGCUGUGAGCGGCCCAGGACAUGCUGCCAUGGAGUGUGCCAUCUUUAACUCUGUGGAGCCUGGAGAGAGCGUGCUGAUUGCAGUCCAUGGCAUCUGGGGCGAAAGAGCUGCAGAGAUGACAGAGAGAAUCGGUGCCAAAGUAAACACCAUUGUAACAUCUGCUGGCAGCUACUUCACAAAUGAUGAGAUUGAGCAGGCCUUGGCCAAAUAUAAGCCAGUUCUGUUCUUCCUCACACAUGGAGAGUCUUCUACAGGAGUUCUGCACCCUAUAGAUGGCAUUGGAGAACUCUGUCACAAGUACGACUGUUUGUUCCUGGUUGAUUCUGUCGCAGCUUUGGGAGGUGCCCCCAUCUACAUGGAUAAGCAAGGUAUUGACAUUUUGUACACUGGCUCGCAGAAGGUCCUGAAUGCUCCUCCAGGAACUGCACCCAUCUCCUUCAGCGAGAGAGCAUGCUACAAAAUCUUCAACAGAAAGACAAAGCCUGUUUCUUAUUUUCUGGAUCUGAGCUGGCUGGCCAAUUACUGGGGCUGUGAUGGAAAGCCUGUGCGUUCUUAUCACCACACUGGUCCUGUCACUGGAUUAUACAGCCUGAGAGAAGGUCUUGCCAUUCUUGCAGAAACAGGCCUUGAAAACUCUUGGAAACAACACAAAGAGGUGGCAGAGUACUUCCACAUGGGUCUAGAGAAGAUGGGCCUGAAGCUCUUUGUGGAAGACAAGAAAGCGAGAUUGCCCACUGUGACUACAAUAGUAGCUCCACCAGGGUACGAGUGGAGAGAGAUCACAGGCUACAUUAUGAAGAAUCACAACAUAGAAAUCUCUGGAGGCCUUGGGCCCUCUGUUGGCAUGGUCCUGCGUGUGGGGCUCAUGGGCUGUAACAGCACUAAGGCUCAUGUGGACAUGAUCUUACAGGCUCUCACUGUUGCACUGAAACACUGCCACAAGAGUAAAGUGUGACAGCGCCACUAUUUUAGUACAGAAUUACUGAAUAGCAUGAAAUAUACACACACACAUUUUCUAAGCCGCUUAUUCUUCUGGGUCACGGGGGGAGCUGGAACCUAUCCCAGCGGUUAUUGGGCGGAUACACCCUGGACUGGUUGCCAGUCCAUCACAGGGCAGCAUGAAAUAUAUUUUUUACCAAAAACAAAUAAAAACUAUGCAUUUAAAUGUUA